AUGUUUUCAAUGAUUGAUGAUGAUUUUGAUCAAUAUAUAAAAAAAUUAAAUGAAAAUAAAUCAACAGAUUUAUCAGAAAAAUUUCAAAAUCAAUUAUUAUUUAUUAAAGAAAAAUAUCUUGAAGAUUUAAAAAUUUUAAGUAAUACUAUUGGAAAUGAAAGGAAAGGAAAAGGAAAAGGAAAAAGUUUAAUUCAAAAUUCGUAUUUGAAGAGAACAAACAUCAAGUUCUAA